CGACGAUUCACUAUGAAGCGCUCUCUUGUUCUACUCGCAGUCUGUCUGUACAGUGCUCUCGCAUAUAACUUCAACUAUCCUAGCCAGCCUAAAAUUAGUGUGAUUUGUGAUGGUAGUGAGAUCCAUAAGUAUGAACGGGUCGGCGAGAAAUACUAUUUCCGUGGUGGAUCAAGGGUGACCUGGUUCGAAGCCGCUCACAUAUGUCGACAAUUUGGCGGAGAUCUGGCUUUGAUCGAAUCGCAGGAAGAGAUGAAUAUUCUUUCAAAUUAUCUGCUCAACUUCGACAUUACCGCUCAUUAUUGGAUAUCGGGCAACGAUCUUGUCGUGCCUCAUGACUUCAUGUCAAUAACCAACGGUCUGCCACUGAAAUUCUUCUCUUGGUCUGAUGGUCAGCCAGAUGAGCCUGGUGUUGAGCAGUGUUUGCACUUUCAUUCCAAUUCUCGUUUUAAGACCUACUCCCUUGACCUUAACACGCUUCAAUAG